CCAAGUCUUCCAGAGGGUACCUGUACUCAGGUCAGGAGUCUCCCUUGGUUCCCAAGUCUUCCAGAGGGUACCUGUACUCAGGUCAGGAGUCUCCCUUGGUUCCCAAGACUUCCAGAGGGUACCUGUACUCAGGUCAGGAGUCUCCCUUGGUUCCCAAGUCUUCCAGAGGGUACCUGUACUCAGGUCAGGAGUCUCCCUUGGUUCCUCGCUUUCCACCAGUUCUCAGUAUCCUGGCCACAUCCCCCACUGUCCUCUGUCCUCUCACCUGACUUUCUUUUCCUUUAGCUCUGAAACUACAAGUCCUCUAGUUUCUUGUUCCUCUCUCUAUCUGCUCUUGAAUCCAUCUCCUGUCCCCUGAGAGAAUUGGGCUCAAAGUCUCCAUCUCAUCUGUGAGUUCUCUGGCUCCAAGGGAAAUAGUCUCAAGUUCUCCCCUACCACCUGCCCCUAUCCCCACCAUAUCUUUUCCUGUCAACCACAUUCCCUGACUAGUGGAAAUGCCCAAGGGGGACGUCACAUUCCUCUCAUCCCUCAAAUAUCAAAGCCAGCUGCACAGUAGAGUAGCUUCCCCUAGAAAGCCGUGUCCUUGUUUGUAGGGCAGUUAAUUGGUGAGAAGUCUGGAUCGAAUAAAGACAAUCUCAAGGAUUCCUCAGAACAGAAUGGAAAAUGGUGUUCGUGAUACAACCCAGUCUCUGACCCCUCCCUUUCUGUGUAAACAACACUAGAUAGGGCCAGGAAGCAUUUUUUUUUUCCUAAGUGUUAUUCCCCAUUGAGCUGAAAUGAGUAUUUUGCUUCACUUAUUAUUUCUCUCACCAGAAAUAUGGGGAUGGUGAAGACAGAGAAGGAAAUGGGCAGUGAGAAGGCAUGACACUGGGGGGCAGGGGUGGAAGGGCUGGACCCUAGGGUGUGGCCUCUCUGCCUUUUAUGGGAAGGGAGCAAGCAGAGAUCCAGGAGAAUUGGGGUGAGCAAAUAACCUUCCGGAUGCUUCAGGGAACGAGGUGAUUGCAGUGGACUGGAAAGGCCUCAGGGAUGUGGACCAGCUCAACAUGGACAGCACCAGCUCGCUGCAUGGCAGCAGCCUCCAUCGGCCUUCUACAGAGGUACAGCUGCAUGCCUCAGAGACCCAACAACUACAACAGCCUCGCCCAAGUUCCUAAUCAUCCCAUAAAGGCCCAAGGAGGAAGUCCCUCACAAAUCUACAGCCACAUCCCAAACACUCCUGUAGACUGAAUGAAACACACACCCAAAGAUCUUUCUCAGCCUCAGGAAGGGCUACCUCUGUGUGCAUAUCUGGAGGCCCCUCAGAAGAAGAAGGCAGGAGUGCCUGCCCUUCUAGAGGUGCCCAGGUACCAUCCCUUCUCCUCUCUCCCACAGCAAACACGAACAGAUUUCUCCUGGGACGGCAUCAAUCUCUCCAUGGAGGAUACAACUUCCAUCCUUCCGAAGCUUAAGCGAAACUCUAAUGCCUAUGGCAUUGGGGCCCUGGCCAAGUCAUCGUUCUCAGGGAUCUCGAGAAGCAUGAAGGACCAUGUGACAAAGCCUACAGCCAUGGGGCAAGGGCGGGUGGCCCACAUGAUUGAGUGGCAGGGCUGGGGGAAGGCCCCAACAAUUCAGCCACAACACAGCCACGAGGCUGUGCGCAGGGAUACAGAUGCUUACUCUGACCUCAGCGAUGGCGAGAAGGAGGCUCGUUUCCUAGCAGGUGUCAUGGAACAAUUUGCUAUUUCUGAAGCUACACUAAUGGCCUGGUCUUCCAUGGAUGGUGAGGACAUGAGCGUGAAUUCUACGCAGGAGCCACUGGACUGCAACUACAGUGACAAUUACCAGGAGCUGAUGGAGAGUCAGGAUGCACUCGCUCAAGCCCCCAUGGACGGAUGGCCUCACUCCUAUGUGUCCCAGGGCAUGUACUGCCUGGGGUCAUCAGAUGCCUGGGAGGCGAGUGACCAGUCCCUCAUUGCAUCUCCAGCUACAGGAUCCUAUCUUGGCCCUGCAUUUGAUGACUCACAGCCCAGCCUGCAUGACAUGGGGCCUUCCCAACCUGCUUCGGGAUACUCUGCUCACGAGCCUCCACCUUUGUUGGGGGUGGACACUGACUGGGCACCAGAGGUUAGUGGGGUGGACCUGGCCAGGGGGUCUGCAGAGGAAGAGAAGAGGCCACUGGCCCCUGAGGAGGAAGAGGAUGCCGGAUGCCGGGACCUGGAGUCGCUUUCCCCGAGAGAAGACCCGGAAAUGUCCACUGCUCUCAGCCGGAAGGUGUCUGAUGUCACCUCCUCCGGUGUGCAGUCCUUUGAUGAGGAGGAGGGGGACGCCAACAACUAGCUUCUUCCCACCCCACUGACCUGAGGGGCCGUGGCUGCAACCCAUCCCCUCCCAAGCUCCAGCAGCACAGAUGAAACCCGGGGCGGAAGACAGCAGGGAGCCGGGAGCUUCCAGCCCUCACCAGCCUGCCAGCAGUCCUGGAAAAAUGAAGGACCAGCAGGGGGUUUUAUCUAGGCUUGUACUCCACAAACCAUCAUUCCAGGAACUGAGACCCAGGCAAUUAGGUGGCUGUGAACCUGGCAUGGUGGUGGGAGAUGAGCCAUGGCUAUGGCUCUUGGGUCCAGGUGCGUCAUGCUGAACACUGAAUCUCAGUUCUUACACCCCUGACUUUGUCUUCCGGGAGGCUUGGCUGUGCUGUCUGAAUGCCUCCUUCCCCCAUUUCAUUCUUGCUUUCCUGAUUCUGUUUUCUCUGGCCAUGGCAUCAGUGCAUUCCCACGGUGAGAAGCAGGGCCUCAGGGGCUGUUGGACAUGGCUUGGCAGGGUCAGCAGAGUGGCCUGAACGGCCCUUCUGUGUAUAGCAUAGACUGUGUGACCAAUUCAGGCAAUCUUUGGCUUCUGGGAUCAGGAGCCAAUGACAAGAUGGGCGUGGCAGCUGGAAUUGACAGGGGUCACCCUAUGCUUCUUUAUCCCAAAGCCUACUCAGAUGCAAGAGGGUCACCAAUGAAACAAUAAACACAGCCACUUGAAUGUCCUGUGGCUGGAAGGAGGACCUUAA